AUGGAAGAUUUCGAAGCCUGCUCUGUGAUGGGAGGUGAGGCUGUUCAAGGAAGUAUCCUUGGGGAAGGCCGGGCAGUCAAGCGGGCUUCAGAGAGAUUGAGAUUCUAUUCUUCGGGAAGGGAAGUUGUUACGAAAGGUUCUCAGUCUUUCGACUUCCUCAUCCAUAUGAGGACCGCCGUGGAACAAAGUAACUGCUGGACCAAUGUGUUUGUGCCAAAUCAAAAGGCAAUGACAAUUGUCUCAGGAGCAAUCCCUUUCAGUUCAAAUUCCGAGCUUGUACAGGUAUACGGAAAUGGUCUGACCAAGAGGCAUCGAUCUGGAGUGGGUCUUGCAUUGCCGGAUGACAGGAGCCCUUCACCUCCACUCUUCAAUUAUAUCCAUACCAGGUGA